GGGAGGGUUCGUGCGCGACCGAGCCGCGGCGACGGAUUUACGCCCCUGGCUUCGCGUCCGGCGGAGCGAGAGCGCGGGAGGCCUCGAGUCCCCUCUCGCGCGUCGGGCCCCCGGAGCCGCCGGUUCCACCCUCCCGCGGAGGAAGGGCCCGGGGCGAGGCGAGGGAGCGAGCGGCCCCGGCGCCUGGGCAUGCGGGGCGGCCAGCCCGGCGCUGUUGCUUAAGCGGAGCGGCUCCAGCCAGCCAGCGCGGAGGGGAAGACGGCCAUGGACGCCGCCGGGCAGCCCCAGUCCCAGCAGGCUCCGCCGGCGCCCCAGCCGUCGGCGGCGCAGCCCCAGCCUUCGGGGCAGCCCUCGCCGCCGGCGCCUCAGCAGCCGCAGCCCGGCGGGGGCGCCGUGUCCGGGCCGCCCCCGGCCGGCCACCAGGUCGUCCACGUCCGGGGCGACUCGGAGACGGACUUGGAGGCCCUCUUCAACGCCGUCAUGAACCCCAAGGGCGCCAACGUGCCCCACACGCUCCCCAUGCGGCUCCGCAAGCUGCCCGACUCCUUCUUCAAGCCGCCGGAGCCCAAGGCCCACUCCCGCCAGGCCAGCACAGAUGCAGGGACGGCAGGAGCCCUAACUCCUCAACAUGUUCGUGCUCACUCCUCUCCAGCUUUGUUGGGAACAGUUUCUCCUGGUGCACUUACUCCAUCUAGUGUAGUUCCUGGAGCUGCACCCUCUCAGCAUCUCCGCCAAUCAUCUUUUGACAUCCCUGAUGAUGUGCCCCUGCCUCCAGGUUGGGAGAUGGCAAAGACUCCUUCUGGCCAGAGAUAUUUUCUGAAUCAUAUUGAUCAGACAACAACAUGGCAGGACCCAAGGAAGGCUCUCCUUUCCCAAAUGAAUGUUACAGCUCCUACAAGCCCUCCGGUGCCGCAGAAUAUCAUGAAUUCAGCAACUGGCCCGCUCCCUGAAGGAUGGGAACAAGCCAUGACCCAGGAUGGAGAAAUUUACUACAUAAACCAUAAGAACAAGACCACAUCUUGGCUAGAUCCAAGACUUGACCCACGCUUUGCUAUGAACCAGAGAAUCAGCCAAAGUGCUCCGGUGAAACAGCCACCACCACCAUUAGCCCCCCAAAGUCCUCCUGGUGGAGUUCUGGGAGGUGGCAACUCCAAUCACCAGCAACAGAUAAGACUGCAGCAGCUGCAGAUGGAAAAAGAAAGGUUGCGACUGAAACAUCAAGAACUGCUUCGGCAGGUGAGGCCACAGGCGUUGCGGAAUAUCAAUCCGAGCACAGCAAAUUCUCCAAAACGUCAGGAAUUGGCUCUCCGCAGUCAGCUUCCCAGUAUGGAUCAAGACGGCUCCCAGAAUCGAGUGUCCUCUCCUGGAAUGUCCCAAGAACUGAGAACGAUGACCACAAAUAGCUCAGAUCCCUUUCUUAACAGUGGGACAUACCACUCCAGAGAUGAGAGCACAGACAGUGGCCUCAGCAUGAGCAGUUACAGUGUUCCCAGAACUCCGGAUGACUUCCUCAAUAGUGUCGAUGAAAUGGAUACAGGUGACACUAUCAACCAAAGCACCAUCCCCUCCCAUCAGAACCGUUUUCCAGACUACCUUGAAGCCAUUCCAGGGACUAAUGUGGACCUUGGAACGCUGGAAGGUGAUGCAAUGAAUAUAGAAGGAGAGGAACUGAUGCCAAGCCUACAAGAAGCUUUGAGCUCCGAUAUCCUUAAUGACAUGGAGUCUGUGUUGGCAGCCACCAAGCUAGAUAAAGAAAGCUUUCUUACCUGGUUAUAGGGGCCUCAGGGAGAUGGAAUUUGAAAUCUUUGAAGGAUCUAAGGAGAUAAGACAUGUACCUUUUGUUGAGAACAAGCCUAUAUCGCAAAGGCUUCUUGGCUUAUGAUCAGAGAGGAAAACAUGUAAAUGAACAAAAUACUUCAGAUUUUGUUGAUCCAAUGUUUUGUUCUUUUUUGUCCAAUCGCUGCUGUUAUACCGCUGACCUCUUUCACAGUUGACUCUGAAGAAUUCAGUUUUUUUUUCUGUUGCAACUACUGUUCAGCUUGGUGUUAAUGGAGAGGGAAAGGAUGGGAAAGUUGAGAGAGAGAGAGACCAGCUAUGUUUUUGGAUAAUGUCUACCAUUCCUUUUGCCCUGCUUUCUGUUUGCAUGUCCUUUUCUUUGACUAUGGAUGUUAUGGAGCUUAAGCUUUUGUGUUGGCAAAAAAAUUACAUAACUGGUCCAGCAAGCCAAAAAUGAUGUACCUGAUGGGGGGAAAAGUCAGUACUGAUUUGGAAAUAAGGCAUAACAUGUUUUAUUGUUGGGCACAAACCAUCAGACAUUUUAGUGUUGGGUAUAGUUCUUCAUGCUGCUUGAUCUAUAUUGAACUGAAUAAAAGAUAUAUGCCAAGGAUGGCUGUUGGAUUGUGCCCACUGGCAGCAGCUUCUUAAUUCCCUCAAUUAGUUUGCUCACACUUUACAGCAUCAUAAGCAAAUCCUAUUAUACAAAAAUCAUGGAUCUUGAUUGUUGCCUUUUAACUUUAGCUUGUUUUCCAAAUUUUAGAUCUAUUUUUAAUUAUAGCAGUAGAUUAGAAAAGGAACUUUUUUGGUUCUGUUGUGUGUAUUGAUUGUUUUUGUUUUAAUAUUUUUAAAUAGUGAAAUCUAAAUUUCCUGACUUCAUCUAGUCUUAUUUAAGUCUGAAUGGGUUUUUUAUACUAAACUAGUAUAGCCAGUUAAUAUCAGUAGUUCUAUGUUUUGCUUACAGCUUUUAAAAAGUUAGCUUUGAAUGUAUCCAUUAGAUUAAAGAACCAUUGGCUUAAGUUUCACCCCUCUACCCAGAAUUCAGAGAAACUUCCUCUUCUCACAGAAUCCUUUGCCUAAAUUACUUAUUUGAAUGUUAGUUUCACUUAUUUUGGAAGGAGCUUUUGAAGUAUUUUUAACAUUGCCAUUUAAGAAUGGCCAACUGUAUGCCUUUUACCCCGAGUUUUGAACACAGCAAAUAUUACACUGUUUUCAUCAAAGGACAGCUCUUGCCAUUGUUUGGAGACCUUUUUAAUUUUGAUGAAAUUGGUGGCUUGAGAAUCAAGUGUCCCUAAUGGAUAAAAACUGAUGCUUUCCUGUACAUAGUUUCAUGAUACUGUCUGCACUGUCAUGUGAGUUUACAAUAUUAGCAAUGGGAACACUAAAGUGAAACUUAUCAAAAGCAUACUGAGAAAUAAGUCCAUGGUGCAUUUAGAAGACUGUAAAGAUAUGUGGUAGAUGGCAACAUGAGCAUGUAGUUGGCCAUGUAUUUUAGCUGUAGUGAUUAGCACUGAAGUCAAGGAGUGAGUACAUAUUGAUAACUUUACUUUUAGCAGGAAAGCAUUAUCCUCAAAGUUGUUUGUAGGAAUUGUGAUACUUUCCAAAGAGUAUUUUAAAUGAACAAAAUGCCCAUGUUGCAAUAUAAGCUAUGAAGCCUUUUUGUUUUUCCUUUAAAUGCAUUGGCACCAAUAAGCGCCUUAAAGGUCUGUCAACAUUCCCAUUAAUUUGUUGUCUUUAUUUGCAAGAGUUUAUAACCAUCAAGGAAAGUUUAAACCUGAAAUUUAGUAUAUAAUUUUCAGACCUAGGACAUACUAAAAUGUUGGAUGGAAUCCAAUUCUUUGCUCAAGUUGGUGAAAGUUAUUUCCACUUGAUGUAUUGUGAAGCAGAAAUGCCCCCUCCCUCGUGCGCCCCCUAUUCACCCUCAAAAUCUGCUCUAAAGAGAUCUGCUUUUCUGGAAGAGAUUUUGUGGGCAUAUGGGAAAGAAGUCUAGAAGUGUAAUGCUGGGUUUCACCAAUUAUUUGUCCCUUUCUAGUUGAUGUGAGGAUGAAGUUAACAGUUGCAGCCUUGAGUUUUGUGUAUGCCAGUAAGCCACAGCUUAAUGAAUUCUUUUUCUUCUGCAAUGCCAUAUUAGCUUCCAAGUCAGUUAACAUGUGAAUGGGGUCAUAUGAGCAGAUUCUCAGUCCCAUUAAGAGGAUUCUCCUGUUUUUUACUUCCCCACCCUUUCCGAGAAAUACUUGAAAGCCAACUGAAACUAAAUAUAAAUAGGUUCAAAUAGUGUUCCAAAUGGGAGAAAAGGUGAGAAAUUCGGAGUUCUCGCAUUUGUGUUUGCUUGGUUUUUUUCGUAUACAGGAGGACCAUGUGCACCUAUCUGACUAUCAAAUAGGAACUCCUGAUUCCUGUAUCCAGAAAUAGUUUUUUGUUUGCUUUACUUGGUUACAGCUUUAAAGUUGGAACAUUUUUUUCCAAUUUUCCCUUGUUGUUGUACACUACACUACACUACACAGCUCACACUAUAUUUAAGUAGCACUGCUAGAGGAGUACUUAUAUAAAAACUCAGAAUUCUUGAAUUUCUCUUAACACUAAGCUGUCUGUGCAGUGCUUAACUCUAUUUACUUUUUAAGCCUCUUUAGUAGAUGGGAAAUGUGCCUUAGCAAUCAUCUGUACUGUUGGCAGAAGAAAAACAAAACAAACUAGAUGCUAUUACAAGUUUUUAUUCAGCUCUAUCAUUUGACAAAGUGGCUUACCCUUUUUGGGGUGUUGAAAUGCAAAAGAAAAAAGUGUUAUAGGUAGUAUUUUGUAUUGAUUGGUGUAUAUAUUUAAACAGAUUACUGUCCUAACUUUAUGGCUUCUAGAUAUUUUUUUAAAUACAGUGUGUUCAGAAUGCAUUGAAAGCUUAUGAAUUCUUGUGUAUGUUUGGCAACAUGCUUUGAAAAAUAUACUGUUUCAAUAAAUCAUGUGGAUUAAAGUUGUACCAAUCAGUGUUGGAGCUCAAGCAAUGCAAGAUUGAGAGCAAUUAAUGGUACCCUAUCUUUUGCACAUGUGUAAAAUCCAUAUUAAAAUGACUUCACUUGCAAUCAUGGGGGGAGAUACUUUUUAUACAAGAGGUGGGUUUGUACGUCUGUCUAAAGUGACACUUGUUUCUUUAGGGUAAAAAACCUCUAUAUUUUAAAAUGUUUUCUGUUAGAGAACUCUGAAACACAACUUUCAAAUAUAUAUGGCUAUAAAUGUUAUAUUUUCUUUAGGUGUAAGAGCAUGCCUCUGUUAGAUAUCCUAGUAAAUUCUGUUACAUUAUUUUCUUUUAUGUAAUACAUUUUUUUCACUGCUUUUUUGUUUUACAUGAUAUAAAUAUAUACUUUGUGCUUACAA